UCCAUCUCCAGGGUUUUCUCUGUGUGUGUGGGUUUCGCGGAUUGUCACGUCAUCCUGCCAAUUAUUACAGCUGUUAGCUUUAGCACAAGCUGCUAAAAUAACACGAAUACAACUCAGAAAGUCACUCCCAGCCGUGACAUCAUGGCCGCCGCUUCCUCCCGAUGCCCGCGGGAGGAAGACACCAACUAUAAACUACAUUUCCGGACGAUAAACGAGCAACAAGUGGAUGAAAUCUGCAUUGAUUUCUUCUACAAGCCGCACACCAUCUCCCUGCUGACGGCCACUGUGCUCAGCCUCAUGUACUUUGCGUUCACCAGGAAUGAUGAGCACUCAGACAACAAUCUGCGAGUUGGUCUUUUUGUGGUGGUUUCCUUCUUCUUGGUCGUCAGUGUCCUGGCUUUUCCUAAUGGACCUUUCACCAGGCCACAUCCGGCGAUAUGGCGAAUGGUGUUUGGUCUCAGUGUUCUCUACUUCCUGUUCCUGGUUUUCAUCAUCUUCCUCAACUGGAACCAAGUUAAGUCCCUGAUGUACUGGCUGGACCCAAAUCUGCGCUACGCCACACGGGAAGCCGACAUUAUGGAAUAUGCUGUAAACUGCACAACGAUAACAUGGGAGCGCAUCCUGAGCCACUUCGACAUCUUUGCGUUCGGCCACUUUGCCGGCUGGGCCAUGAAGGCUCUGCUCAUCCGCAGCUACGGCCUCUGUUGGACCAUCAGCAUCACCUGGGAACUAACAGAGCUGUUUUUCAUGCACCUUCUGCCAAACUUUGCGGAGUGCUGGUGGGAUCAGGUGAUACUGGACAUACUGUUGUGUAACGGAGGAGGCAUCUGGCUGGGAAUGACCGCCUGUCGCUUUUUGGAGAUGAGGACUUACCGCUGGGCCAGUAUCAAGGAAAUCCACACCACCACAGGGAAAAUAAAGCGAGCCGUGCUCCAGUUCACCCCGGCCAGUUGGACCUACGUGCGCUGGUUCGACCCAAAGUCAUCCUUCCAGAGACUUGCAGGCAUCUACCUCUUCAUGAUCUUAUGGCAGCUGACGGAGCUGAACACCUUCUUCCUCAAACACAUCUUCGUCUUCCAGGCCUCUCACCCUCUCAGCUGGUGUCGCAUCCUCCUUCUUGGAGCCAUCACUGCGCCCACUGUUCGGCAGUACUAUGCAUAUCUGACAGACACUCAGUGCAAACGAGUUGGCACACAAUGUUGGGUGUUUGGAGCCAUUGCUUCCCUGGAGGCUCUCACCUGUGUGAAAUUUGGACAUGACUUAUUUUCCAAGACACAGAUUCGUUACGUUCUUCUGUGGCUACUCUGCCUGGCACUCAUCACACUUCUGUGUUUAUAUGGGAUGGUUUGGUUUGAACAGAAUAAAAUAAAGAGCCUCUCUGUGCAGUGUGAGGACUGUGAUAACACCAGUGUUGUCAACUCCUGUGGCUUCAUCCCAGACGUUGUUUUGGGUCAGAAAGAGACAUCGAGAAGUCCACAACCCACCAAACAGAAGAGAGUCUCCGGGAGGAACAGAUUAGUGAACGGACACGGAGGAAAGAAAUACUGAUGCCUCACAUCUUCUCUGAAAGAGAUGAGUGAUGGACGCUCUAGGAAAAAAAACAAUGUGAAAAACAUCAUGCACUUAAAUCUUCAGAAUAAUUGUGGAGAGUUAAAGGAUUUAAUGAAACCUACAGACCAGAAGACAAACACCAAAACGCCAACAAGCCUUGACUCUCUAUUGUAACUUAUCAAGAUGUAAUGGUGGUUGUUUGACUACAAAAACCCUUUCUCACUUGGACUACAAAACACUAACAUGCUGACUUAAGCAUCAUUGUAUAUAUUUUCUACCUGAAACUACUGAAUGUUGUUUUACACUGUGGGAAACAUGUUAUGUCCAGUCCGGGAUGUACCAGCUUUAUCAAUGUGGUCUGCAAACCCGCUCACACCACCGCCCGGACUGUAUUUAUUGAUUUAUAUGCUAUAGUCACUUUUGCACUUAAUCUCUUUGUUCUGUUACUUUGCCCUGUAUUUAAGAGAUUGACUAGAAAAACUAAAGAUUGGUGAUAGUUAAGUUUGUUUACUUUUAAGUGUUUGUUUAAAUAAUUAUUACCUACGCCAAGGACGUUUUCUUUGUGUCAGCAGGAUUACACAAAAACUACGGAAGGCUUCCAAUAAAACGACGUAGGUCCAAUGGACGUGGGUCCAUUCAUUCAAGGGACUAAUAUCUGAGUGUGUACAAUUUCGUGCAGCAUAUUUAAGGAGACUGUUUUUGGUGGAGGCAUCAGCUCUGACUGCCAUUCUACUGUAGCUGCCUUAAAUGACCAUAUUUUGCAUUUAUUUACAAUAUAGUAAACCACUGGUGUUAUACUGAACUUCCUGCAUUUCCUCAGUUAAAACAUCAGGAAAUAUUUUUCUCCUUAAACUGGGAGAAACAACCAACAAGUCUUGUUUUUUUUUUACAACUGUUGUGUGAUUUUUGCAAUUUUGUGUUUGUUAUUGGGGAGAAAGUAAUACAUGUGUGUACAAUGUUGUGACCUAAGACUGUGACAUUCAAUGCCAUAGCACCAUGAAUGGUGACAAUCAGUAAGGAGGAGAAUCACACAGGUGAAAUCAUCCUUUACAAAGGUUCAUUUUGAGUCGUAGUUUUAAUACAAUGUGAAGUUAAUAUGACCUGGUGACUCAUAUAGUUUGGAUUAACAUUUGUUAUUUGUAAUUUUCAAUGCACUACUUGGUAUUACUGAGCUUUGAUUUUAUAUGUGUGUUUUUAUGUACAUAAAUAAUUGGGAAAGAUUGUGGGGUAUUUUUUUUUAUAACAAAGUUUUUAAAUGUGGAUAUUACAACACAAAACAAAUAAAAAAUUAUUUCAAUUUCCUUGUGACUUUUCUCCAUAUGUUGAUCCAUGCUUACCGUGUGACAUUCGUUCACACACAGGGACAUGAUGCUGUUCAGUUCAUCAGCACCACAAACUACAAUCACCUUUCUACUACAGUUUCAUGAAAAAUUGAACAUAUAAGCCGCGUAACAGUAAAUGAUUUGAGGGCUGUUGUAUUUAGAAGUCAGUUUAAAUGACCGUCAGUGUAACUAAUAAACGGGCGUAUGAAAACACAUACUUUUCUUGCAUUCUUUCAUAUGUUGUACUAUAAACUAGAGCCUGACCAUCCUCCUUACAGAGAUAUUUAAGUUUAAUGACAUGUUAACUGCCAUUUCUUUGCAACACAAACCAGUAAUACACAUUAAUUACAUUCCUUAAACUAUGUAUUUAAACUAAUAAUUACAAUACACUUAAAAAAUAACAGGCUCUGUUUAAAAAGAGCAACAAC